UUGCUAUGCCUAACGAUCUAGCACAAUUAGCACAAAGAAAACAACAGUUAAGACUAAAAAUCAAGGAUCGUAUUCAAAAUGUUAGGGACCGAUACUUUAAGAACUAUGUAGUUCUUGAACCAGGAACCAGAUUUUCUAACGGGGGACCAAUAGACGAAGAUAUUUACGUACUAUCUGAAAACAACCCAAGUUAUACGACUAACAUGAAUGGCAGGAAACUUAAUAAUUUUGGCACUAAUAUAAUAAGAAGGAACAUCAAAAUAAAAGACAGAAGAGAUUUUUCAGAUUUAGAUCAGCUGGUAUCAGAAUAUUUGCUGAACUUGCACGAUGACAAAGCAAUGGAUACCACAGCUGAUAUGACAGAUAGAUCAGUCAAUCGUAUGAGAGAGAAUAAUAUGAAUGGCAAACAAUCAAAUACUCAAAAUUAUCGUAAUCCAAGCACGCUAAACCUACAGGACAAUGCACAAGGUUAUAGAAAAGCAAUUAGUAAUUCUGGUACUGAUCUUAAAUUUUCGUCAAGUGAUUUUACAGAUUUUAAGGCUAAAGAAUAUAUCGGGAGCAAAUUUAAUAAUUUAAAUAAACAAAUACUUGAUUCUAAAAGAAAAAAAAUAGACGUUACAGAGUAUGCUAUCGAAGAUCGUUUAAAUAAUUACUAUGAACCGAGAACCAUGGAAAGACAACGAAACAUUUUGCCAGAAAGUGAACAAUACCCAUUAAAUAUCCAAGCAGACAACACAAACAAUUAUGAUUACCAGUUAUAUUCUGAAAAUAACCAAGGAUACGGCAAUGUUGAUCCAAGAUAUGCUGUCGAAGAUUAUGGAUUACAAAAUGACGAAAAAUUUGACGAAAAUGGCCGCGAACAUAAUAGACAACUCAUUUAUGAUGCGAAUGAAAUAACGCAUUAUUACUUAGACAGAUUGAAUGAGAACACUAACACUGGGCAACAGCUAGACACAGAAACACUCACAGGAUACAGAAUGAACACAGGCACCGAUACUAAACACAGACACGAGCACAGGCGGCCUUUGCAUUAUGAACAAAAAGUAAUUCAGGAAGUUUCAGCGCCAACCCCAAAAAGAUGGCGGCGAGAUGAAGCAUCAUAAGCCACGCUACUUCGUUCCUGAUCGAGCGAACCUCUAGCAUGGAUAAUUAAUAAUUAUUUGUAAAAAAA